UCAUAGUUCGUCCAGGGGCCCAAUCACUGUGAUUCUAUGCUACAAGUUUGUUGAAACUGUGUGGUUUUUUGACUUAUUGAUUUCGUGAGUCGCUAUUUUGAUUGAACAAAGACAUGAGGUUUAGCCCCAUUUACAGAUUAAUUUGUCGAUACCCCCGUCGGUGUGAUACGCGUGGGCCUUUGCAAUAUCGUGCCUUGCAGACUGAUUCUGUUCCUAAAGAUCAGGCUAAGCCAAGAAAAUACAAAAUUCCUCAAUUUUAUGAUCCUUAUGGCCCAAGACCUCCACCCUCAGAAAAAAUCGUUCAGCUUGCAGAGCGAAUUGGAGCACUAUCUGAAGAAGAACGCAGUCAAAUCAUGCCUACUUUGGCAGAAAGAUUAAAGCUUCCGAAGUUGCAGCCAAUUUCAACAGAAGGCAUGGACUUGGGGACUGAAGGUGGUGCUUCUGGACCAAAGGUUGAGGAGAAGAAGGCAGAGAAAACAGCUUUUGAUGUGAAGUUGGAGAAAUUCGAUGCAGCUGCAAAGAUCAAGGUGAUUAAGGAGGUAAGAGCAUUUACUAAUCUAGGAUUGAAGGAGGCCAAAGAUCUUGUUGAAAAGGUACCCGUCAUACUUAAACAGGGAAUCACAAAAGAGGAGGCAAAUGAUGUGAUAGAAAAAAUAAAAGCUGCUGGAGGUGUUGCAGUUAUGGAGUAGAAUUUUGAUUGUUGUUCAAGAUCACAAUUUUUCUUUGGUGUCCAAUAUGUUUUUAGGUUACCAACGCAUUAGUAUUAGAAGAAAAUUCAGAAGGCACGAGCUGAUUUAAGGGUUAAAAACCAAAAAUUUGUUUGAAUAAAUUUUUUCUUAGUUGACUUUCCUGUUUAAUCACUGUAUCACUUAU